GAUGCGUUCAUUAUUGUGAGGAUUCACUGCCAUCUAGUGGUCACUGUUUAGAACUACAGCAUUAAAUUUAUAUCAAAAGAUCGAAUUAUUAUUUCUCACUCGUGUUGUCACAGAGCUCAGUUAAUAACACUUUUCUGCAAUCGGUUUUCACUGCAGGCUAACACGUAUCCCUCGUGUUAUCAUUUUUUGUGGGUUUGGUUACACCGUGCGUCAGGGUGGCAGUGUGCAAGCAGCGCCUGUCUGCUCCACCACAGAUUGCAGCUGCACUGAAGCACUCUGCGGUCAAAUGAUCUAGAAACAAGAGCGUAUCUCAGACACAGCCGGUCUCUGUCUCUCUCCUGGAUUUCAGCUAUUUUUUAAAAAUCAUUUUCAGAAAAUACUGAAGCUUCACUACAGUUUCUCCAUCAGGAUGUCGUCAUCUGAAAGUGCUGCGUCACAUGAAGUAAGUGAAGCAUCAGCUCCCACAUCAGAGGCUGAACCUCUGAGGAUCGUUCUGCUUGGCCGGACCGGGACAGGCAGAAGCUCCUCUGGCAACACCAUCCUGGGAAGGUCUGCGUUCCUGGUGGACGUGUCCCCCUGCUCUGUAACCGCAAAAUGCAAGAAACAGAGUGGCAUAGUGGGAAGGAGGAGUAUCUCUGUCAUCGACACUCCCGGGCUCUUCCACACACAUCUGUCUUCUCAGGAGGUUAUGGCAGAGGUGGGACAGUGUGUUGGUUUGUCUUCUCCGGGACCCCACGCCUUCUUGGUGACACUGCAGCUUGGCAGGUUCACGCAUGAAGAGAGGGAGGCCUUUGAGUGGAUCAAAGCUAGGUUUGGGCCUGGAGUAAUGAGGUUUACGAUGGUGCUGUUCACCUGUGGUGACCAGCUGAAGGGGAAACGCAUCGAGGAAUUUCUAGAGGGGAGCCAGGAGCUGUCUGAGUUUGUCGGCAGCUGCCAUGGAGGGUAUCACGUCUUUGAUAACAGCAGUCAGGAGGAGACAGAUGAAUGCUCACAACAAGUGGUGCAACUUUUGGAGAAGGUGGACCAAAUCGUGGCUAAGAAUGGAGGCGGUUGCUACGGCGAUGAGAUGCUGAAGGAGGCUGAAGGUGCCAUAAGGGAGGCACAUGAGAGGAUUCUGGGUGAAGCUGGGCACGUGGUGGAGUCUAUUCAGACAGAGGCUGAGGUCACAGAGGGGCGGCUGCCAAGACUGGAGAAGAAAUGGGAGGAUGAGGAGAGGAGAAGGGAGGAAGAGGAGGCCCGGAAGAGAGCGGAGAGGCUUUUCUGGUGCGAGCUGGUGACUGCCCUGGGGAAAGGUGCCGCGGAGGGGGCAGGGAUCAUGGGAAAGGACAAGGGGAAAGGGAAAGCUGUGAAGAAGGCGAAGGUGGUGGAGAAAGUGGCAGCUCUGGCUGCGUCUCCGCUCUCUGUCAGGUCGGCUGCGAAAGCAGUGGGAGGGGCCGUGAGAGAAGGAAGCAAGGUGCUAUACAAACACAGAAAAACUUUACUGCGCUGAAAAAUAAAUCAAAGAGACAGGACACAAUGAAGCCCACGUGGUGAGGACAAGUCACUCGACGUAAGGGCAGCUGGACUUCUUUAGGUUUUGAAGACGUUUCGCUUCUCAUCCAAGAUGCUUCUCUAGAGAAGGGGACAGCCCCCCCUACUAGGGGUUUAUAACCCAAGACCAUCCACCAGGUGCCCUAGGAAUGAAAAAGCCUCCUGGAUGAGAGGCGAAACAUCUACAUAGACCUAAAAAAGCCCAGCUGCCAUUUUCUCAAGCUCCCAAGACCACAAUGACCUGGAUGAAUGAGAACCUACACAGAUGUAUCACUUAACUAUGAUUGUAUUUCCAUUGUUCAACACCACAGUCGCACCACACAUUCACACUCUUAGACUAUACUGUGAAAUAAGAACUCAUGGCACAAUAAAGUCACACAAAAAAAAGUGUCCAGUUCAUCUUAUUAUGACUUCACACAUUUGUAUUUGUCAAAAAUAGGUUAGUUCGCUACACAGAUACAAUACAUUAAAAAACAAUUUUCCCAUCAUUUCCACCCCCGACACAAUGGCGCGAUUUGGUUAAGGUAACAACACAGGAAGAUUGAAAAAAAGAAGGAGAACUGUUUAAAACAUUGCAGCAGUUACCUUAUCCGUCUUUGGCUUCAUAUAACAAGUGACAACAUAUUUUAGCCCUUUAUUCUCCUCUGUACAAAUGCACUGACACACAAAAGAUGACGAAGGAAUACAUCAAAUUGCAGCUGGCAGUGAGGAAAGGAAAUGGUUUGCAUACAACGCAGUGACCUAUUCAAGGAGUGUCUAACAGCACAGAGUGAAAGAGGACAACACGCCGUGAAAAGAUCGGGACGCACAAAUGUACAAACACUACCAUAUUUUUAAAGACUUUGUGAAAUGUGAAGGACUUAUAUUGAAUGGGAACUAUGUGUAGUCCACCUGAGUGCUGUACAAAAAAAAAUUGCAGCUACAUUUUUGUGCUCAAAAUACUCUUGAGUGUUCAGGAUGUAAAUGCAAGCACCUCCAGAAUCACAGUCACCCUCAGCUUCCAAAAAAACAAAAAAACUCCCACAAGCGUGCACAAAUACUGUUUCUGUACUGCUGUUGCUCACUUGCCUUGUGCAUAUUAGGGACACACUUCCAGUGUCGCACCUGCAUCUUAUGGACUAAUAAAAAAACCAUGUAAACUCCUGCAAACAUACAGACUUACACCCAAAGAACCGAUCAGACAAAAAAAAAAGAAAAAAA